CAAAGAUACAGUGCAAUUGUACUGGCAUUGUUUAUCGUCAUUCAACAUGCCUCCAGGAAACGAUGCUCUUGCGAAAUACUUCCAGGCUACCGUCGCCCUUAGGCAGAAAGAUCCCAGGAUCUCAGAAGAUCUCGAGGUCGCUAGAGCUUGCGCAAAUAACAUAGCCUCGCUCGCUAGUGAACCUACUGAGGUCAUGUAUCAGGACGAGCCGGACCUGACCUUUUUAGGCCCUGCACUGUGGUGCAUUCCUCUUGCGGCACGAGAUUCGCCGAACGUAAUUCUAUAUUUUCAUGGCGGUGGAUACGUCACGAACUCGAUUGCUUCCCAUCGGAAGAUGGCCGCCCACUUCGGCAAGGCGGCCGGCAUGAAGGUUCUCAUGGUCGAAUAUUGGCUAGCGCCAGAACACAAGUUCCCCACGCAGCUCGAGAAUGCGGUUGACAGCUACAAGUUUCUCCUGAAGAAGGGCUAUAAACCCGAGAACAUCGCGACCAUGGGUGACAGCGCUGGGGGCAACCUCUGCACGGCCGUAGUUCUCAAGCUACGGGAGCUUGGUGAGCCUCUUCCGCGGGCCAUAGUACCGAUCUCUCCCUGGUAUGACAUGAAAUUCCCGGAUGGAACGAUCGAUACCUGUGUCGAAACGGAUGCCCUGAUUCGCCGAGAAGGACUGCAAUUGAUGGUUGACGCAUUUCUUCACCCUAAAGAUCAGAGCGAUCCUCUAGCUCAUAUACUUGACGCAGAUCCGAAAGGUUUGCCGCCGAUGUAUAUUGCUGUUGGAGGGUACGAAACGCUUAGGGACAACGCGACUAAAUUCGCAGAGAAGGCAAGAGGUGCCGGGGUAGAAGUUGAGCUUGACAUCGCGGACGGCCAGCAGCACGUCUACACAUUCAUGGCCGGAAAGGACAAGCUCGCAGAUCAAACAAUUUCAAGUGCUGGGAAGUGGCUACGAGCUAAGCUUCCCUCUUGAUAGACAGUGAUGACUUUUGAUUAACCGAUCUUUCGUGACCAGACCAGUUGUCUUGAAUGAUAUCGAGCAGUGUUAUUAGCUUACACAGUAUUCAUGUUACACUAGAUCACCAC